GCAGGAUGCCAAACUGGGGAGGAGGAAAGAAGUGUGGUGUCUGCCAGAAGGCAGUGUACUUCGCCGAGGAGGUGCAAUGUGAAGGCAGCAGCUUCCACAAGUCCUGCUUCUUGUGCAUGGUCUGUAAGAAGAACUUGGACAGCACCACAGUUGCUGUGCACGGCGAGGAGAUCUACUGCAAGUCCUGCUACGGCAAGAAGUACGGCCCCAAGGGCUAUGGAUAUGGGCAGGGAGCAGGGACCCUGAGCACUGACAAGGGCGAAUCGCUGGGAAUCAAAUAUGAAGAGGGCCAGCCCCACCGACCCACCAACCCUAACGCAUCCAGAAUGGCCCAGAAAGUCGGAGGUGCCGAUGGGUGCCCUCGCUGUGGUCAAGCCGUGUAUGCAGCCGAGAAGGUGAUUGGAGCUGGAAAGUCCUGGCACAAGUCCUGCUUCCGUUGUGCCAAGUGUGGCAAAAGCCUGGAGUCCACCACCCUGGCAGACAAAGACGGGGAGAUCUACUGCAAAGGUUGCUACGCCAAGAACUUUGGUCCCAAGGGCUUUGGCUUUGGGCAAGGCGCCGGGGCACUCGUCCACUCGCAGUGAGGGACUGGGAACCGAGCUCUCCGCUCGCCCAGGGCUUGUCCAUACCAGCCUGUGCU